UAUAUUAGGCAUAUGUUUGGGUCUCAGUUUGGGUCCUUGCUCGUUGGAGCAAACGUUUAAUAUAAUACUGUAAGCACAGCGGUUGAAGUUGAAGAAUUGAAGUUUGAUGAAUGUGCGGUUUUGUUAUUAUUCUUUGAAGUCUAUCUCCUUCUAAAUUAUUCACUUGUAUUUAUUAGACUAAGCCACGAUGUCAUUUUACAAUUCAAAUACGUCAGAAUGGUGUGACGUGAUUUAUUGCGAAGAUGGUAUUCGUUACGGAAGCGAAUAUAGAACUCCACAUAAAAUUUUUCGCAUUAAUGGCUACACAAAUCCAAAUUAUGAUCCAAAUGUAUUCAGACUUGGAUCCAUUGUAAGAUCGCUGCACGAUAAACCAAGAUCCUCAGAAGUAACAAAACAAAUAAACAAUGGGCUUCAAUUAAAUUUAAUUGGAUCAGAAGUAAUAGUUACAAAUUUAUCAACAAAUGACAUUUACGUUGCUGCCAUGGAUGCAAAAAUGGUUAACGCGAUCCCUAUAGCUCACGUCCUAGUGCGAAAAUUAGCAACAGGUGAACAGAUCUCAGUUUUCGACUAUGUUAACUUUACAAAGGUGUUGGGACACAAUGUUAAUUACGGCACAGAAGCAGUUCAAAAAAUAUCAGACUACUGUUACAUCAAAGUAAGUUUUAAGAACGAUUUCACCUAUGAUAGAGGACUGUCCGGUUUGCAAGCACCCUGUUGGGUGCAAAUUAAAUUACAUUCGCCGAGAGAGUGGUUAGAUCGCGUUUUGAAGGCGAUGCCUCCAAUAAAGCCGGAAACAUCGAUUCAUGCACUUGGAACAACAGACUGAUCUGAUCCUAUAGAUAAGAUCUUCAUAUAUUCAUAUACAUCAUUGAAUCUGACAACGUAUAGCUUUAUUGAAGAAAGAAGAAUUUCAAAUUUUUACAAAUGCAGGAAUAGGAUCAGAUGGAUGACUAUAGAUUUGAGUUAAGGAUAUUUUAUAAUUUUGAUAAAAACGUGCACAAAUUGUAAAAUUUUAAAUAUGUACAUACAUAGAUUUUAAAUAGUUUAUAGUAUUUUUUAAAGAUUUUUA